AAACCCCUCGCGGGACGUGGGUCGGCCAGUAACCAUGCAGAGCGCCGGUCCCGGCGGCGCCCCCGCCCUGCACCUCCUGGCCACCUAUUUCCUCGACAGCCUCCUGGGUGGGACCGGGGGUCGCGCCGGCGAGGACGCCGCAGAGAAGCGCCAGCCUCCCGGGCCCCUGAAGCAGGUAGCGCCGGGGGAAGAGGAAGAAGCGGAGCCGCGGGGGCGGCAGCAGCAGCAGCAGAAGCCGGGCAGCCGCGCGGAGGAAGGGCAGCCGGGCGAGAGAGGGCUGAUCCCCGGGCCGGGCGCCCCAUCCAGCGUCCGCCAAGCGCCGGAGCCGCAGAAGCGCAAGCAGCGCCGGUACCGCACCACUUUCAGCCACGUCCAGCUGCAGGGGCUGGAGAGCUCCUUCCGCAAGUGCCACUACCCCGACGUCUUCACCAGGGAAGAACUUGCCAUACAGUUAGACCUUACAGAAGCUCGAGUUCAGGUCUGGUUUCAGAACCGAAGGGCGAAGUGGAGGAAACGGGAAAAAGCGGAGAUUCCGGGAAACAGGGCUGGCAUCUCCUGGACCCCACCUCUGGGUUUGUACCUGGACAUCCCACUGACCCAGACGCCCCUCUUGGACUCCACUUGGAGAGCGUUGCCCAUUUCUGCCGUGGCCGUGCCUCCCAUGGCCCCAGCAUUCAGCCCAACCACUCUCACACCGUUCAGCAUCGGUAGUUUUGGCUGGACGUCGCUUUUCCGAAACUCGAUGUUAAACCCUCAACUUGGAAGGUUUCUCAGUGCAUUAAAUCCUUGGAUGAGCCCCACCUCAGUUCUAAUGAAAGCUCCCGCCAAUGCUGUGGUCACCACCUUCACGGAUCCCAUCCUGGCUGAGACAAAAAACUCAAAUACUGCAGACCCGAGACUGAAAGGCAGAGACUAUUCUGAUCAGGUGCCUCCUUUGAACCUGAUGCCGAAUCACAGGAGUUCCGAGAAAGUUCUUUACUGAUCAACCAGGGGAUGAUGUCUGUUGGCCAAAGGGCACCAAUGUCUCUCAUAACAGAGACACCCAGCUUGGCUCUACCCUUGAUCUAAGCAAGGUCAGCAACCUGCAGCUCUGGAGCCGCAUGUGGCUCUUUCAGCCCUCUGCUGCGGCUCCCUGUCACUCAAAAUAUGUGUCACAACCGCCAAUGUGCGACACCCUCCUGGCACACGAUUUAUUGAGCUUUUCAAUCCCCAGUAGGCCAACCAUGGAUAAAUCCAAGAAAAGUUUCAGAAGAAAAUAGAACGUUUAAUUCAACUACAUAUGCUAGUUUUGGGGCCGUUCAAGAAAUAGUCAGGCUCGGGAAGGGUUUUGUGGCUCCCGGCAUUUUCUUUUCUGUGGGAAGUGGGUCCAAAUGGCUCUUUGAGUGUUUAAGGUUGCAGACUGUUGAUCUAAGCUGUGGCCAUCUACAAUUCAUCUCUUUCCAUGCACUGGAUUGCUCUUUAAGAAAGACUGUUUUUUUUUAAUUUAAAAGAGGGGAAAUUUUGGGAUUGAGGGUGGAAAGUGUUGAUUAAGGAUGAACACUCCCAAGGAAAGUUGGUGCUUAAAAAAAAAAAUACUGCCAGUAGGAUGGGCCUUGUUUUGUAAGAUUUUUGGAAAGUAACCAACCAAUGGAACAGAAGUUGCCUUCAGAAGUUGAGGGAGCUUCACCACUGGAAGCUUUCAAGAAGAGACUGGACUGCCAUCUGUCAAAAAUGGUGUAGGGUCUCCUGCUUGGGGGGGGUUGGGGUUGGACUAGAUGACCUACAAGGUCCCUUCCAACUCUGUUAAUCUGUAAAGUAGAACUUUGUUUCUUUUUGGAAACCGGUGAUACCACGCUGAAUCCAUCAUGAAUGGGACAUAUGCUUCGACAAAUUCCUAUUUUAUAAAGCAAGGAGCGCCCGCCAAUAUUACUGUACUGCACCAAGGAGAAUGUAUGGCUAAAGCUGAGGAAUUCUGUGGAAAGGAACCGAAUUUCAACAAAACAUGUUUAUCCUAGCUGUAGUUAUUUAAACAAUUAGGCUCAAAUGAGCUCAAAAUAACGUUGCCUAAUCCAUUGGCUACGGUCUUUAUUUUCUCAGAGUCAAACGCCCCAAAUUAUUUAGCGUUUGAUUUGAAACAGCCGUUCUGCUCUUCGGCAUAAGUAUGAAAUGUUUUCACGCUAGCAGAAAAAUUGGUUUUUGAUCAACGUGGCGCGCGGAGCCUUUGGUGCAAGAUGCGUGUAAAAUAUAUUGCAUUUUAGAACCUGCAAUUUUUUUUAAAAAAAAAAAGCUUAUGUUUGAUGAUUGGCUUAAAUAAUUGCUAUUUACUGUGCUUGGCUUUAGAAUUUCAUAAGCAACUGUUAUAAAUGCUAGGCUGAAUGCAACACAUGUCGGAUGCAGUCAGAUGAAUUAAAGGAGAAGAUUUUAAUUUGGGCAAAUGAAUCCAAUAGCAAUGCAGUUCUGUACACUCAAAAGUUACAAGGGCACUGAAAAAAAGCGACUUACGACCGUUUUUCAGAGUUACGACCGUUGCAGCAGCCUCAUGGUUCUUGGGAUCGAAAUUCAGAUGCUUGGCUCAUACUUACGACCGUUGCAGUGUCCCAAGGUCACAUGAUCCCCUUUGCAACCUCCUGAGAAGCAAAGUCAAUGGGGAAGCUAGAUUCACUUAACAACCCUCUUACUAAUUUAAUUCCCGCAGUGAUUCACUUCUCAGUUGUGUCAAGGAAAGUCAUAAAAUGGGGCCAAACUCAACUUCACAAACAUCCCGCUUAACAACAGAAAUGUUGGGCUCAAUUGUGGUCGUAAGUCGAAACCGGGUGAAUUGGGCUGACAGGUUCUUUAAUAAAAUAUGAUUUUAAAAA